AGUAACAAUUCACAAAAAGAAAAAGGAUUUUAGUUUAAUUAUUUUUAGAGAAAAAAAGUCUUAAAAUUAAAAGCAAAUAGUAAUAGAACUGAAAUUGAAAACAGUGUUGACCAAGAAACCAGCGGACGACCACGACGACUAACACCAGUAACAAAUCCAACUUGCAUCGCAAAGGUCAAUGUGAAAAAGAAAAAGAUAAAAAAGCUUAAUUGUAUAUCACAGAAAAAUCAGAAGAAGAAGAAGAAGAAGAAACAAUAGUGCAAUCAGCAAUGGAAAAUCGGUCAGGCUCAUAUUUUCACCAAACCAGGUAUGGCCAAUCUAACCAUCAUCAUCAUGUUAUCCCCAAUAGUUAUGUCCACCACCACAACCACACCCACCACCAAUCCAACUUUCAGCCUGCACCUCAACAAUUCCGGCCUCCACAAUCACAAUUACCACCACCUCAUCUUCCUCCGCAUCCAUUGCCACUACCACCCUACCAACAGCAACAACAGCAUCCUUUUAAUAAUCCUCGCUUCCCUUUUAAUAGCACUAGAUCGCACCCUGAUGCUCUUAAUUUCCCCCAAUCACCACCACCGUCUCGAUUACCUUCCGAUUUUAUCGGAGGAGACUUCCAAUCUAGGGCUUUGCAGCCAGGGUCAUACCAUCAGCAUCCUCUUGAUCCAGAUUCUUAUCGCCGUCAGUUAGAUCAUCAUCAUCAUCAUCAUCAGCCUAUGUCUCCUAUUAAUCCUAGGAUUAUUGAGGAACAUAAACAGCAGCAAAGAGGAGAUCUUUCAUUUGGUUCGAAUUCUAGGGAUUUUAGAAUUGCUGCAUCCAAUAAUCAAAUCAAUCACACUGAAGAGGGAAUUGAGAAUCAGAGAUGGGUACGUCGUGGUAGAGAGAUUAUUAGAGGUGUUCAUGAUUCUGUUAUUAGUGAUUCUGAUGGAAAUCGAAAACGUGAGCAUUAUAGGAGUAGUAGAGAAUUUAAUGUUGAGAGUGGUCAGGGAAGUAGUAGAGAGGGUAGUCAUGAAUUUAGUAGGACUACUCCAAGGAAGCAAUUACCAAAAAAAAGUGCUCUUCUUAGGAUUCAAAAGCCUACCAUUCAAAAGUUUAGGAUUAGAGAUGAUGAUAGAGGACAUCAUUAUUCCGCCUAUUUUGAUCAUACUAACUACAGUUCUUCUUUUCGAGGCAUUAAGGAUAAGGAUCAGAAUCUGAGCCACCUGGAUAGAGAAACUGGAGAUCAAGUUAGGGAGGGUAGUACAAUGGAGCUUGAUGUGUCUUUUAAGUCCAAUUCAUUGGUUGCCAAGGCUAUUGUCACGCCUUCUGCUGAUGUUUCUAAUUCGAAUUUGCCACCUAGGAAUGGAAAAUUAAGGAAUAAGGAUAAGAAUAGUUCAAGUUCAUCACCAAGUAAAGCCAAUGGAGCUACUAUAAAAUUGGACAAUGUUGUUUCAGUUGCCAAAAAUACUUCCAGCUCUGACAAGGACCUAAAACAGUCCAAAGAGGAAGUGAAAGUUUCUGUUUCCAGUGGGACAAAAGUCUCUAUUGGAAAGAAUAAAGGGGAGAGUCCUACUAAGGGUACUGUGUCAAAUAAAGGUGGAGCUAAUGUUGUUUCAGGCAAAGCAUCUUCUUUGAAGGUUCUAAAGAAAAAACUUGUGAAGAGACCGGUGAAGAAAGCAAUAAACCCAAAUCUGUAUUCUUCAAGUUCAAAGCUAACUAAGAAGAGUGAUGGACCUAUAAUAAAAGAUAGCUUUGUCCAUGCGCAACCUGCAUAUUUUCAGCCUGACAAGGAAGCCGCUAUAACGUCAGUUAAUGUUGUUGAUUCACAGCCUUGCACAAAUGAAACAAAUGUGAUGCCUGAGAAAUGCAGAGUGGAGGGAUGUGCUGAGGCCAUGGUAUCUGAGAAUGGCGCGAGUGCUGGUUUUGGGAGAUUAUGCUUGCCUAAUAUCAAGAGAAAGAGGAGCCAUUCCACUUCUCCUCUGGGCUCUUCAAGUCUUGAAGAAACCAAAAUCAAUGAGAAUAUGGUAAAUGAUGAUUCCACCAAUUACUCUCAUGCUAUCUUAAAUACUGACAAGGAUUAUACUAAAUUGCUAAAUGAAACUACUGGUUCUGACAUUGGUGCCGUCGAAGAUGCUGCUAAGCAGCUUUGUCAGAGUGGAGACUCCUUGUUGCUUGAGAAUAAUGCAGCAAAUGGAUCUCCUAAAUAUUUGCUUUCUGCCGAAGGCAAUGCUGAUUGUGGUUGCUCAAAUUCAGUGAAAACUAAAAUUCAUGAGGGUCCUGCAGGUUCAUCUGAUAUGAUUUUAGGUUAUGAGUCUGACAAUGGCUUAAUUAACUUAACAGAGAGAACUACUGUUUUUGACAAUGGGAUAACUGAUGGUGGCUGCAAGCAGCCUUGUACAAAUGAGGUCAGUCCAUCGAUUGAGGAUGAUAUUGUUGAUCAAUUUGUAAAUGGAAGCAGCCAAAUCUGGCAAGGAACUUCUGGGGAAAUGACAAAUGGGAUUGUUGCCAGAAGUGCAAGCCCAUCCAUCGAAGGGGUAGGUACCACUUUUGAUUCUAAUAAUGGCAACCAUGUUUCAAGGGAAAUUAGUUUGUCCAGUAAUGGGGCUAGUAUUAGCAAGCAGCCAUCUCCAGAUAGGGUUGGUAUAUCAUUUGAGAAUGUUCCAGUACGAGGAUCAUUAAGUCGAAUGGUUUCUAUGGGUGGAAGGGAGGAGGAUGAUACACUUAACAUUGACAAGAGUGAUAUAAAAGUCAAAAGCUCUGAAUUAGAUUUUUCAAAGUCAGAGGUGAAUGAUGUGUAUGCAGAGCCUGUAAAUAUGGUUACCUCUGCUUGGGUGGAUACAACCUUAAGAUUGUCUUUCAAAGAUCCUACUCCAACAGAGUUUAUAGUCUCUGGUGAUGAACAUAGGGAUGUUGAUCAGCGACCCCAUACAGAUGGAGCCAAUGUUUUAACCCAGAGAAGUUCAAUGGACGUUUCAGAGGCUAACAUUUCAGUUAGCAGCACUACUAGUGUUUGUCCGAAUGCAGGUUUGAUACAGAAUCAAAAGAAAAGAAAAAUCACUGGUUCUCAACUGGAAAUGUACUGUCCAAUGACAUCUGAUGUGGUUGAAGGACCUAUAAUUACAGGUAUCUCAGUAUCAACUGCAGAAUUGCCCUGCAAUUCUGGUUGCAGUUCUGAUUUACCAUCUGUGCAAAAGGAGACCACUGCAUCACUUAAUUGUUCUAGAGUAAGAUAUGAUAGCACUGCGGCUCCAUUUAGAGAUGUCUUUGAAAAGGAUGGUUUGAGGUGUAUUUCUUCUUGUUCAACUGCUGAAGAACUGUCUGUCCCAAAAGUGAAAUCCGUCUGUCCAACAGGUUUUGAAGGAGAAAAGAUUGCAGGUACAACUCCAGUUAUGGCUGGGAUUAGUCAUCAAAAUAAUUCUAUUCAUGCAGAAAGCGGUGAGGGAGAAAAAAUGGAUGUAGAUGCUGUAGAAGAGCAACUUAUUGUUGACAGUGGGACCAGUCAGUGCCAAUGUCCUUCUGAAGUUCAGUCUCUAAACUCUGAUGAAAGAAUGCCUGUUGUGAAUGUGGAGGAUGAAAACUGUCUUGAUGCGAAAAAUGGUUUACCUUCUGCUUCCAACAAUUUGUUUUCACUAAGAGAUUGUAAUGGAACUUCAACAACUGACACCAGUGGUGAAGCUAUGGUGCUAGUACCUGAUACAUUACCCAACAUGGAUUAUCAAGAAACACUGCCUGAUGCCCCAAGCAUAUUGCAGAGCUCACUUUCCAUCAAACAAGCUGGUGGGAAUGAUGAAAUCCUACUUGGGAUGUCUGCAACUCAAGGUGGUUCUGGCAUAUCUGCUGUUACUUCUGGUUCACUGAUUACUGAAGAUCAUGCAGUAGAAAAUGCUAACUCAUUCGGUGGGAAGGCAACCUUGCCAUCACAGGAUACCAAAAGUAGUACUCAAACUCUGAAUGCCAUGAGUAAAGAAAUAUCUGGAAGGAAGAGCCAUCACAAUAUUGCUGCUUAUCCCGGUCGCUCAUCUUUUGUUUUUUUGGCUUCAACAAGUACAGCCCCUUCAAACCAUAUCUCCAAACCCCGGACAUGGCAUCGAACUGAUAGUUCUUUUGCUCCAGCUUUACCAGGAAACAAGGUUUUUUCAAGCACUGUUCCUACAAAAUGUCAAUUGCCCAAGAAGGUCACUAAGUUCCAUAAUACUUCUUACAUUCGCAAGGGUAACAGCCUUGUCAGAAAGCCUACUUUAGUGGCUGCUCAACCCCUGGGUUCUCAUGGUUUGAGCUCUUCUGCAUAUUGGCUCAACUCUUCUGGUAAAUAUGAAGUCAAGAAGAAUACUGACACUAGAACUGGUGUUGCUGACCCACCAAACUUUGUGAAAUCAGGAGUCGGUGCUUCUUUUGAGAGGCCCAGGACACCACCUUUGCCCAGCAGCACAAAAAUAUCAAAUCACCCUACCAAUUCUAUGGGGGACUGUCUUUCUUCUCCGUUAGUGGAGCGCCUUCAUAUUUGUGCUGCUGAAGCUGCAUCAGAUCCUGUGACUUCUACUGAAAGUAAUGAUGUGUUAAAGUCUUCUGAAGAUACAGUAAAAGUUUCAGAAAAACACAUGUUCCAAACUGGCCAAAUUAACAAUUUGGAUUGCGAAACUGAGCAAAAUGAUGGGAAUGCAGUGUCUUCUAAUGCCAAAAGUAUAAAAUAUGUUAAGCGAAAAUCAAAUCAGUUGAUUGCAACUUCAAAUCCUUGUUCACUGUCUAUGAAAAAUUCCCAUAGCACUGCAGCCCUACCCUCUGAUGGCUAUUAUAAAAGGAGGAAAAAUCAGCUAAUUAGGACUUCAGUAGAAAAUCAUGAGAAGCCAACAGCCAGUAUGCCUGAUGAAAGUGUAAAUACUGAGGGGCAAGCUCUUCAUAACAUUACUUCUGGCAGAAGUUUGACAAAGAGACGGUCACGCAAAGUUGUGGCAAAGACACGUAAACCUUCAAAAUUCUCUUCGGUCUGGACACUACAUAGUGCUCAGUCUUUGAAAGAUGAUUCUCAUUCAUUGCAUAGCCAGAAGGUGUUGCCUCAAUUGCUUCCCUGGAAAAGAGCAACAUCAUGGAGGAGCUUCAUUCCAAGUUCAGCUGCCAUUUCCAUUAACGGUUCCUCAUCUUUAAUUAGUAGAAAGUUGCUGCUUUUGAGAAAGAGGGAUACGGUAUACACAAGGUCGAAACAUGGAUAUUCACUUCGAAAAUCCAAGGUACUAAGUGUUGGUGGGUCUAGUUUAAAAUGGUCAAAAUCCAUUGAAAGGCAAUCAAAGAAAGCUAAUGAGGAAGCGACCCUGGCAGUUGCUGAAGCUGAAAGGAAGAAAAGAGAACGAUUUGGUGCUUCACAUGUGGACACUGGAACAAAGAACAGAAACAGUUCUUCCCGUAAGGCAGUUCAUAGUUUAAAGCUACACCCAGGAGAACGGAUAUUUCGCAUUGGUUCAGUUCGCUAUAAAAUGGAUUCAUCAAGGCGGACUUUACAAAGGAUUUCAGAUGACGAGUCAUCACAUUUGGCAGCUCUUCAAACUGAAAAGGAUGCGAAGAGAUAUUAUGUUCCAAGGAGAUUAGUGAUUGGAAAAGAUGAAUAUGUCCGAAUUGGCAAUGGUAACCAACUUGUUAGAGAUCCCAAGAAACGAACUCGAAUUUUGGCAAGUGAGAAAGUUCGGUGGAGUUUGCACACUGCUAGAUCACGACUGGCUAGAAAGCGAAAGUACUGUCAGUUCUUUACAAGAUUUGGGAAAUGCAACAAAGACGAUGGAAAAUGUCCUUACAUACAUGAUUCCUCCAAAAUUGCAGUCUGCACAAAGUUUCUAAAUGGUUUAUGUUUUAAUCCAGUCUGCAAAUUAACGCACAAGGUUAUUCCAGAGAGGAUGCCGGACUGUUCUUAUUUUUUGCAAGGUCUUUGCAGCAAUGAAAAUUGCCCAUACAGGCAUGUCCAUGUAAAUCCAAAUGCAUCUACUUGUGAAGGAUUUUUGAGGGGAUAUUGCAACGAUGGCAAUGAGUGUCAGAAGAAGCACAGCUAUGUCUGCCCGACUUAUGAAGCAACAGGAUCCUGUCCUGAAGGAUCCAAAUGCAAGCUUCACCACCCCAAAAUCAGAAUCAAGGGAAGGAAAAGUAAGCAAUUACGAGAGAAGAAGAAUUCCCGGGGGCGGUACUUUGGUUCAAUGCAUGUGAACAUUUCUGAACCCGGAACUGCUGUGUCUGAAAAACACUCGGUGCAAGAAAAUGAUAACUUUUGCUUUGAAGGAAGCAUAUCUGAUUAUAUAAGCCUUGAUGUUAGUGAUGAAGCUGAAGAAAAUAGCAAUCCUGCAGACAAGCAAACAUCCCUUUGUGAUAGUGAUGCUUUGGACUUAGAAUUAGUUGACCUUGAUGAGCUCAUUAAACCAAUUCGUAUAAUGAAUACCUGACACCAUUAGUCUAUGAUCUUGUCCAACUCAAGUGAGAAGCGCACAAGCUUGUGUCUUGAAGGAAUUUGGUUUACUGUACAUGAGGUAAGCUCAAGUUUAUAAGCACAUAAGGUUAUGCCUCGUAGGAGGAAUUUGGCUUAUCAUGUGUGAGGUAAACCAAUUUGAUCAUAUUUCUGUGUGGUGCUACAAUUGAAUGACAACAAGAAUGGUAUCUUGUCAUUGGAAUGACUUGGUGGGGAUGGAAUGAUUUUGACGAGCUCAUAACUUGUGUUUAUGUAUAUGAUACUGCUGUUCAAAAUAUAGGCAUAGGAAUACUUUUGAUUUAUAUUUCUUUUCUAGGCUUUUACAGGAAUAUCUUUUCCAUUGUCAUCUUCGAUGUAUCUGAGGGUUGUAAGGAUUUGCAAAUUGAAUGAUACAAUAUUUUACCGUUAAA